GCCUAUAGGCGCCAUGUUUGAUGUUGACGGCAUCGACAUGCCUACUUUCGGUCUGUGUUGGACUCGUCGCAAGAGACGCUUUGCUAGUGAUCAGACCAGGAAGGCGUACACAGCAUUGAACGAGCAGUUCGAUGCGUACACCGGGGUCAUCUGGCAGCCCUACACAGAAGCAGCCAUACAAGCGAGAUACCCUGCUGGUAUGUCUGUGCUAUGCACAAGGGACCGAGAUUACUGGAUGACAAAAUCGAAGAUCAUCUUCGAUGUCUUCGUCGAGGAGAUGGCACAACAGAGGGUUAUGAGGCAAUUUGGUCUUCUGCAGUUGGAGCUACCUCCCCCUAUAGAGAACCCGGUGCCAGCACACAUCCACAGGACGACAAGGAAGGGCAUGAACAGGACAACUGCUGAAUGGCUAGUUAGACUAGAGCCGUAUGUUAUAGAAUGGGAGACAGCAAACACAAAUCUAUGGCACGAGAAUCACAAUUUCGAUCUCGAUGAAUUCAAUCUCUAUUUGCGGCGCUACAUGACCGGAACACGGUUACGCAUUGUUGAGUACUCCCACCCAGAGGAGUUACCGGAUCCUACUCCGUCGGAUAUGUACCCGAGCUAUGAUACUUCGGGCUCUAGGCAGUACGCGGCUACCUUGACUCGCGAACUGUACGACGACGUGACCACCUUUGGACGAUCACUAUCGUCUGGACCUCUUCUUCAACAUCGUCCAGUGGUACAGCCCUUCUUGGAAAGAAUUCAGAAUAAGAUACGGACUGUGUACGAGGCUAUCACGUGCACCCGGAGAACCGAUGUUGUUCAGCACGAGCAGGAGCAGCCGCGUCACUCCAUGCAACGACAUCAACCACGUCCACGCCUAGCACAGCAGCCGACAACCAGGCCACCCCGUCCUGACCAACCUGGCAGUUCUACGUGGCACCCGCAGCACUAUGGUCCCACGUCGAGCUUCGUGUUUUCUCCACAGCCACAGCAGCACGGUCCCUCGUCCAGUUUCGUGUUUCAGCCAGAGCAGACGUCACACCCAGCAGGGGCCUAUGGAUAUCAGGCGUCUAUGUCGGCAUCACAUGAUACGUGGGGGAGUGAUCAACAUCCUGAGGACAACAUACAGGCUCAGAUGUCGCAGCACACCCAGUGGAUGAACAUGUUUUCGACUCCUCCACCAGGCCCCACACAGGAUACACAGCAUGACCAGGGAGAGUUUGAGAUUCCUCCUCGUGUCACAUUAGGGCACCCGACAGGCUUGUCUCCAAGUGUUGUGCAAGUUAGUGAAGUGGACCUCACUUUUGAUUGGUUGAAGACUAAAUUCAUGUUGAAGCAAGGGUUGAAGGAAGACGAUUUUGUGUACUACGUCAGCAGGAAGCAUUCAGAUGGCCCUGGGGAAAGAAAAUUGAUUGACAUAACUGAUGAUGGCAAGAUUCAAGAAAUGCUGAGCGAAUGGGAAUGGAAAAGGAUUGUGAAGAUGCAAAGGAAGGAGGGCCGCCGCCCAGCAGGUGAGGUCGGGAGGCCGCCACCGGCCAGCCAUGAGCCACUGCCGCAGCCCAUGGUCGCCGCUACUUGUUCUACUGCCGCCGCUCCGCCCAAGCUGGCCGCUGCUCCACUCCUCCUUGGCCGCUGCCGCCACGCAGCAAGCAGCUUCGGCCGCUCAGAUGUGUCCGCGACGGGACAGCUGCUCCUCCGUGCUUUCCUGGAUGUGUCCGCGACGGGAUGGCCGCUCCUCCUUAUGUCGCUGGGAGAGACGGAUGGCCGGCUAUGA